GCUCAUCAUCAUCUCAUCUCAUUCUCUUUCUUUCCCAUAUAAAAUUGCCAUUGAAGACCGAGCAGAGGGCCUCCCCUUCUCCUUCUCCUUCUUUCUGUUCGCUAGUAGUGAGAGAAUACAAACACGCAGCGGAGAGAGAUUUCGAGAGAUUGCCAUCUGGUCUGGGUGUUCCUUGCCAGACGAAAUCUCAUCGGUCUGCCUUGAUUUUGGGUUUCUCUUUUUCUUUCCUCCAAACUCCCCUUCACUGAAAUUUGUGGGGUAGCCUUCCUCUGGAUUGGAUUUGUUCCGCACCCACAGAUCUUAAGGAUAUAUUAUUAAUUAUAUCAUGGAGAAAGAAGAGAAGAAUCAGAGAGUGUUUAAGCCAGCGGAGGCUGAAUUGUUCCUGCAGUGGGGGAACAGGAAGAGGCUGAGGUGCGUCAGGAUGAGAGACCCAGGAAUCUCGUCCGGCAGAUUUCGCCGGAGAAUCACGUCUCCGAUCAUCGCCGCCGCAGCCGCAGCGUCCUCCGAGAGACAGAGCUCUCUUUUCCUUCAACCCACUCGCCUCGCCAGGAAUUGUUCGCCGGAGAAGGAGGAGAGGUACUACACGACGAGAGGGUCGGCGGCGGCGGCGGGGGGGGAGGAGAUUGGGAAGGGAUCAGGAGAUGAGAUUCACAGAAACGGAAAUAGGGGAGGGGGAGGGGUUUGGCCGAAGCUGUGUAUUGGGCUGUCGAGCAAAGAGAAAGAGGAGGAUUUUAUGGCCAUGAAAGGGUGUAAGCUCCCUCAGAGGCCGAAGAAAAGGGCCAAAAUCAUCCAAAGAACUUUACUUGUUGAGUUGGGUGUGGAGCAGUUGGUGAGCCCAGGGGCUUGGCUAUCGGACAUGUGCCAGGAGAGGUAUGAAGUAAGGGAGAAGAAGAAUUCUAAGAAGAGACCAAGAGGACUCAAGGCCAUGGGAAACAUGGACAGCGACUCUGAAUGAAGUUCAGGCAGCUUUUAUCAAAACCCAACCCAGCAAGCAGCCUAUAUCUCUUCUUCCUUUUUGGUCUUCCGGGAAGGAAAGUGUUUAAUGUUUGGUGUGGUGGUGAUUUUGCUGCUUCUUUGGUGUCAAAUGGAGGAGUGGGAGCGGCGGCUGCUGCUGCUGAGCAAGGAAGAGGGUAUGUAAUGUAAUACGUGCUUUUACGUUGUCCUUGGUAUUUGUAUAGAAGAUAUUGUUUCUUAGUAUUUUUUUUUUUUUUUUUAGGAUCAAAAUUAACUAAGAGUAACAGACAUAAAUAUAAUUUUUUUUAAGUCAUUUCCAAUCA